AUGAAUAAUAUCUAAGGAUAUUCACUUUCAAAGCCAUCAACUAAAACCACAUAAGCACCAGGUGGUAAUUCAUCCAUCACAUUUGUAUUUUUGAAUUCAUAUUCAGGGCUCUGAUGAGCCUGCUCCUCAAUAAAAACGAGUUGUAAGAGAUCCUAAUGCUAGUCAAUUCACUCUUGGAGGAGAUCCUGUUCCUUAAAAAGGAUAGCAAUAAUAGCAAAAAUAAUAAUAGGAUUAAGGUUUUUUUAUUUUUUGAAUAUUUUUUUAGGGACUCACACUUCAGUCAAAGUUAAGAAUCCACCAGGAGGUUAGUCAUCAAUAUAAUUCGGAUGAAAUAUUAGUUAAAUCAAUUAUUCAUUUACAAUUAACUCAUCUUUCGUAUUUCUAAAAAUAUACUCAAAUCACAAUUACAGAAAAAGAUGAGUGAUUAACUGAGUAUAAUAAUUAUUUUU